AUGCGCCUCCCCUACGCGCCGUCCACCCCGCCUCCGGACUCCCCCUCGUCCGUGGCCGAGAUCUACGCCCGCAUCGCCGCACGGCGGAAACCACGCCCUCUCAUCCCACUCGACCUGACGCUGCUGCACUCCCCGCCCGUGGCGAACGGGUACAACGCCUUCGUGGGCGCCCUGCGCACCGAGACCAUCGUGUCGCAGGCCCUUCUCGAGCUGGCCAUCUCGCGCGUCGCCAUCCUCACCGGCGCCGUGUACGAGUGGAACAUCCACGCCGCGCUGGCACUGAAAGCAGGGCUAUCGCCGGACGCGCUGGAAGUCGCCCGCCGCACACCCAAGGGCGAGGUGGGAGACGCAGCUACGCUGAGUGACAAAGAGGUGGCCGUGCUGAGAUACACGGACGAAGCCACCGUCGAUGUCAAGGUGCAGGACGCCACCUUCGACGCCCUCAAAACACAUUUUGACAACCGCGAGAUCCUGGAGCUGGCCACGGUCGUGGCUGGGUAUAAUGCCGUCAGUAGGAUUCUCGUGCCGCUGGACGUCGGCGAGAACAAUGACAAGCCCAUGAAGACGGUGGACGAGUUGGUCGCGGCUCUGACUUGA